AUGAAGCCCAGAAGAAUUCAAGUGAAGACGGAGAAGAAAAGAACGAGGAGGCUGACGGAGGUUGGGAGGAAUAGAGAGGUGGAGAGGGAUGGUAACAACCACCCACCCUCUCUGCACAACACCCCUCGAAACUCAUCCUCAAUCCCCAACACACCAUCCACCUACAAAAUCUACACUUCCAAACCCCCCAAAAUCCUCCACGACUAUCGAAAUUUGAGCACAGAGGGAGAAAGUUUUAAUGGUUAUCAGUCUUUCUCUUCUGGUUUGAAGAUGAGGAAAAUGUAUAUGAGUACUACGACAAAUGAAAGUUCAAGGUUAACACAGACCUUAACUACCACUGGAAGGGGAUCCAUAGCGACAGACAUAGACAGAUUGAUGAACGAUGCAGAAAGAACCAGAUUUCAGAGGAGAUAUGAGAGAAGACUUACUAAAUUGAUUCAAGGAAACCAGAUUCCUAGUGAUUUUAUUAGUCUGGCUCUCAUAGACCACCUCUCACAAAAUUUUACUAAUACCAUUGAUAAAAAUGAUGAAGCUAAGAAUGACCAAAAUAUCAAUGAAUCGAACUUUACUUUUCAAGAGCCACAAAAUAAAAAGUACAGGAGAAGGACUAUAUCAACGCAUCCAAAUAUAAGUAGUUCAAACCAAUCUAUUGGACUUCAAGAGAAUGGAUACUCAGAAAACCCUGCAGAAAGGAUCAAAUUCUUAGAAAAUUUAGUUUGCUUAAACUCUAAGUUCCAAGAAAUCCAAGAUAAAAAUGACAAGAAUCACGCAGAGCUUAAAUAAACUCCUAAUAGAUCAAGCAAGCAAUUUUUCCUCAGGAAUGAAAACUUUCAAAAGACAAAUCUCUAAGCUCACUAAAGAAAUGGAGAAUCUUAAAGUGAAUGGCUCUGAAAGAACAAUAUACCAGACUGUUAACGAGCCUUUGAGCUCCCAGAACAACAAAAGCACUCUCAAAAUCUCAGUUUCUAAUCUAAAUGAUACUUCCUCAAGCCCCGGUAGCCCUGAAACUUGUAAAAUGAAAUAAAAUGAAGACAAGCAAAACUGAGGAUUUGGAUGAGUUCUCAGGAACGACAGAAGAUAAAAUUGGAUCUAAGAAAAUAGCAGCCGCAGAAGCUAUGGAUCGUCUUUUAUCAAUCUACGAUUUAGUGAUGAAAAGAGGAGAUAUUGAAAUUGAUUUUUCCAAGAUCUCCGAUAUUUAUAACCAAACAUUUGAUAAGAAAAUUACGCCUGAGAAAGCAAGGGAAGCCUUAAAAGAUUAUUUCAAGAUUCUCAAACAAAAUAAAGAAAUUGGAAAGAAACAAAAGAAACCCAAAUACGGAAGAAAGAAAGAGAAGACACUAUUUUAUCAGAGUUCAAGAAUGGGCGCUUUUAACUCCAACUAUUUAGCUCCAUAUCAGCAAAAAGAAAAAAAUAAGAUGGAGAACAACUCUGUCAGUGAACAAAGUGCAAAUUUCUGCCCAGACAAUUCACCAAGAAAUCAUUACAAGAAAUACACCAAACACUCCCCUUUAAAGAAGGAAAUUUCAAAGAAGAUUUCUGACAUCGUCCCAAAGAGUAACAAUUCUCCCAAACACCCAAAUAACUCCACUCAAGAGCCAAAUAGAUGUCUCUAUUGUCAUAUUCACACUGAUACAAACAAUAGUACCUUCAAACAGAAAACGAGCAGUAAAGAGUCUGAAGAGCAGUAUAAAGAGUUGCAGACAAGAUUAACCAAGCAGGUGACGGAUAAUAAGGAUUUGUUCUUUUAAUCUUGGGGUUGAACGUUGAGG